CUUUUGUUCAUUCUUCUUUUUUGAGGUUGCCCUCUCCGUAUAUAAAUAUCCUCCCAUCCUUAACAGGUUUAUUACGGAAAAUACUAGUAUCAUUUUCAUCUCUUCCUGUUCACCUUUCUUCCAUAGCACAGCAGCGCAGCAAUAUAAUGGCGCCGCCACCGCCGCCGCAUAUUGUAAUAGUCACCUACCCGGCGCAAGGGCACAUCAACCCUUUUCUCCAGUUCGCCCAGCGCCUCAUCCGCAUGGGCAUACACGUCACCCUCUCCACCACCGUCUUCGCCCACCGCUUAAUGCUCAAAGCCAACGCCGCCGGCGUCCCCCGCGUCGCCGGCUUCACCAUCACCCCUUUCUCCGACGGCUACGACGAGCACGGCUUCAGAAUGAACCACGACGACAUGAACCAAUACUUGUCCGAUCUCAGGACCCGAGGUUCCCAGGCUUUGAGAGACAUCCUCUCCGGCUGCGCCUCCGACGGCCGCCCCGUCACGGCGGUCGUCCGGAAUAUCCUGCUUCCCUGGGUUGGCGACGUGGCGCGUGAGCUCAAACUUCCGACCGCCCUCCUCUGGAUUCAACCCGCCGCCGUAUUGGGUAUUUACUACCACUAUUUCCACGGGUACAAGGACGCCAUAUUGGAAAAGGAGGUGGUUGAGCUGCCGGGGCUGCCGCCGCUUUCAAGGGACGAUCUCCCGUCGUUCUUUUUGCCCUCCGGCUCCGACGGAGAUUAUAGUUUCGCUCUGGCCACCUGCAAAGAGGAACUGGAAAAGCUAGACGAGCUUCAACCCAGUGAUCAGACGGUGCUGGUCAACACGUUCGACGCCUUAGAGGCGGAGACCCUGAAGGCCGUUGAGAUAAGGUACACUUUACUCGGCGUUGGACCAUUGAUUCCGUUAGCUUUACAUGACGGAGACGACCCUUCCGACACCGCAUUUCGGGGCGAUCUCUUCGAAAACAACGAAAACGACGAUAUCAAAAGGUGGCUGGGGUCACAGCCGAACGCAUCCGUGGUGUACAUAUCAUUUGGGAGCCUAUUAAAUCCUAGCAAACCCCAAAAGGAAGAGAUCGCCAAAGCACUACUGGAGACAAAACGGCCCUUCCUGUGGGUGAUAAGGAAGAAAUCAGAAAAUGAAGAAAAAGAAGAGCUAGAUUGCAGGGAGGAGUUGGAAACACAGGGAAAAAUAGUGGGGUGGUGCUCUCAAACGGAGGUGCUGAACCACCCGUCUCUCGGUUGCUUUAUCACCCAUUGCGGAUGGAACUCGACGCUCGAAAGCAUAUGCUCCGGAGUGCCCGUGGUGGCGUUCCCCCACUGGACUGACCAGGGGACUAACGCCAAGCUUAUUCAAGACGUGUGGAAGACGGGAGUUCGCGUGGCAGCGGGGGUGAAGGACGAGGCCGGCGUUGAGGUUGUUGGGAGUGAUGAAUUUAAGAGGUGCAUCGAGAUUGUGAUGGAUGGUGGGGAGAAAAGUGACGAGUUGAGAAAGAAUGCCAAAAAAUGGCAAUAUUUAGCUAAGGAAGCAAGCAAGGAAGGCGGUUCUUCUCACAUGAAUCUCAAGUCAUUUGCCGAGGAAGUAGUAAACCAUCAAUAAACAUCAAAAGAUUAGUUUGCCCAGACCAAUAAAUUAAACUUUCAAUAAUUCAAAUCAGUUUUAUAUUCAAAUCAGUCGUACGUAUAUGUUAGUGACUUAGUGGUGUUGUGGGAAUUGAUCUGUGUUUUGGAAAUAUUGGUGAAUUGGUAUGGGAUAUUGGUGAUGCCAUCAACAUAUUCAUUACGCCCAAGUAGAUUGAAUUGGCAAAAUGAGUGGUGUGGCUAGUUUCAGUGAUCAUCAUGAAUGAGAGAUGAUUUUCAUUAGAGUGUUGAUCUUCAUACCAAGAAGAAUAGUUCCCCAUUUCCUUUUGGGGUCGUCCCAAAAAAUAGUCCUCAUUUCCUUUUUUGGAAAGUUUUGUGUGACUCACAUUCAUUUACAUUUUUCUUACUCAACC